AUGUCCGAUUUAAACGCUCUUAUCGCACAACGGGGCCAGAUAAAAGCCCAAUUAACGCGUUUCGCCACAUACUUACGAACUAAUGGCGGUGACAACGUAGACAUCGACCAAAUCAAAGUAAGAACAGAAAAAGCAAAGCAAACUUGGGAAGAUUUCCGGUGCGUACAGCAACAGAUAGAGGAAGAGGAUCGCGAAAAUGAAGACAACGAAAGGUAUCGAGAUGAAUUUGAAAAUUUAUAUUUUGAAAACAUUGCGAAAUCUGAAAAGAUCUUCAAAAUAGCGGAUAGUACCAGUACAAAUGCGAGUUCAAGCAAUGCAGAUAGUAACGCACAUAUACCUUAUAAGAACGAUAAUGCCGCAAUUACAAACCCGAACGUUAAUUCAAUUGUAAAAUUAGCCCCGCUAGAGAUCCCGCAGUUUUCCGGGGCAUAUACAGAGUGGGCGGCGUAUCAUGAUAUUUUCUCGGCUUUAGUACAUAGCAAUGACAAGAUAAGUGACAUACAAAAAUUCUUUUACUUACGGUCGUCAUUAUCCGGAGACGCCGAAAGUGUUAUAAAAUGUAUACAAACCACGGCCGACAAUUAUAAUGCAGCGUGGAACAGUUUGAUAGAGCGAUAUGAUAACAAAAAGGUUUUAAUACAAGUACAUACGCAAGCUAUUUUUGAUUUAGAACCGAUAAAAAAGGAAUCGUCCUCACAACUACGUAAGUUAGUUGACACAUUAUCAGGUCAUAUGAAGGCAUUAGAAUCAUUAGGGGAGAUGCCAAGUCAAUGGGGAGCAUUAUUAAUGCAUUUGGUCGUAUCCAAGUUGGACACAAAGACGAUGAGGGAGUGGGAAAUCUCAUCUUCAAAAACAGAAGCUUCUAGUAUUUCAAAACUUACGAAUUUUCUACAAUCUAGAUUCCGCGUUUUAGAGGCAGUAGAGACGUCUCAACAAAUUAACUCACUUCAAGAAAAUAAUCGCAUGGCAACUUAUCCGAACAAAAAGAAGCGAUCCAGCGUAUUUGCCGCUACCAGCGAAAUUAAAUGUUAUUUCUGUAAACAAGCUCACACUAUUUAUCGUUGUCCGUCGUUCCUAGGAUUAGCGAUUGUUGAUCGAAUAAAACGAAUAACCGAGCUCAAGUUAUGCAAAAUAUGUCUAAGAUCACAUGACGGAGAAAGGUGUCAUUCGAGGCGCUGUACAAUAUGUGCGCGCCCGCAUAAUGGAUUAUUACAUUUAUCGCGUUCCGAGAAGCCAAUCAAACAAACCGCGUCGCACACUAAUGAGGUUAUUGACCGCGACGACGGGAAGGAAGGCGAAAAUAGCAAUAAUACAGCCGUAUCAGUGAGUGCGUGUGCUUACCGUAAAAACAAUAAUAGUCAAAUUUUAUUAUCGACCGCUACCGUAUAUGUUUACAAUGUUGAUCGCAAACCGAUACAGUGUCGUGUAUUAUUGGACAGCGGAUCACAGCAUAAUUUUAUUACAGAAGCUCUAGCACAGUAUUUACGAUUAAAACGCACGAAAACGUCGUGUGCCGUAGUAGGUAUUAACGAAUCGUCACAUACUGCGUCGCAUAUAGUAAACACAACAAUUAAAUCGCGCAUCACAGAUUAUUUGUCAAAUUUAGAUUUUUUCAUUUUACCUAAAUUGACAACAAACUUACCCUCAAUGCCUAUAGUGGCACCUAAUUUAAAGAUUCCCGCAGGUUUAGCAAUGGCUGACCCUGCAUUCGGCACGCCACAAGCCAUAGAUAUGAUACUCGGCGCAGAAAUAUUUUUUGAUUUAAUUAAUAAAGAGCAAAUACGUCCAAUGGCUCACGGGCCAGUCUUACAGAAUACGAAAUUAGGAUGGAUCAUUUCCGGCCCAGUGCCCCAUUCUACUGUUUGUUGUGUAGAAACUAGUGUAUCGUUAUUCAUCCGCACGUCAUUGACAUACGAAACAAAAACACUUGAAGAGCGAAUGGCCGCAUUUUGGCGCCUCGAAGAAGUAAAGUCCGAUGAAUUAUACACUAUAGAAGAACGUGCAUGUAAACAGCAUUUUUUAAAAAACGUUCAACGAAAUGAUGAUGGUCGUUUUAUUGUUGCGUUACCUUUUAAAGUCGCGCUCAAGUUAGGAAAUUCGUACGAUAGAGCGUUGCGCAGAUUUAUGUCAUUGGAAAGACGUUUUCAAGCAGAUAAAAACCUGAAAGAAGGUUACGUUAAGUUUAUGAACGAAUAUAUAGAGCUCGGACAUAUGUCGAUCACGAACUCUGUUCCAGCGGCGGAUCAGUGUUAUUACCUACCGCAUCAUGCCGUGUUUAAAGACAAUAGUACAAGCACCAAGUUACGUGUAGUGUUUGACGCAUCGGCGAAAACAGACACCAACCUUAGUUUAAACGAUGUGUUAUUAAAGGGCCCAUGUAUACAAGAGGAAUUGGUUUCUAUAAUGGCACGAUUUAGAACGUACAGGUAUGCUAUUACCGCAGAUAUUAAAAAAAUGUACAGACAAAUUUGGGUCACUGAGAGUCAACGCGAUUACCAACGUAUUUUGUGGCGAGAAAAUCCCGACCAGCCCCUAAAUACAUAUUGUUUAAAAACGGUGACAUACGGCGUAAUAACCGCAUCGUAUUUGGCUACAGCAUGCAUAGACAAACUGUCAAGUGAUGAAGCUCUGCAAUUUCCCGAAGCUUGUAGUGCUUUGAAGCAUGAUUUCUACGUCGAUGAUUUCCUAGGCGGUGCAGGAUCGAUAUCGGAAGCACUAAAGCUACGUGAUGACUUAAUUAAAGUUUUACAAAAAGCCGGUAUGGAAUUAUGUAAGUGGUCUAGUAAUGACCCUAGAUUGCUAGAAGGCGUUGAUACGGCAACAAUUAAUGUAAAUGCUAAUGACACUUUAAUGGACGUUGAAAAUACUACCAAAAUAUUAGGUAUGUAUUGGAAUCAAAAUAUUGAUGCUUAUCAAUAUACUAUACGGCCGUUCGACGAAAAUACGCGUAUUACGAAGCGAGUAAUAUUAUCCGAAAUAGCAUCAGUGUUUGACCCACUAGGCCUAAUUAGCCCGGUAAUAAUUAAGUUUAAAAUAAUAAUUCAACGGCUAUGGCAAUUAAAUACGAGUUGGGACGCUGUGCUACCGUCAAAUAUCGAGAAGGAAUGGAGAGACAACCAUCGGAAACUAAGUGAUUUAAACUCACUCGUUAUCAACCGAUCAUUAGUUGGUGACGGUGAGAUAGCCGAUAUCCAAUUGCAUGGUUUUUCUGACGCGUCCGAGACCGCGUACGGCGCGUGCUUAUAUUUACGUGUACUAAACACCAACGGCAAAUGUAUUACAAAUUUAAUCUGUUCUAAGUCACGUGUUGCCCCGUUGAAAACUGUUUCAAUUCCGCGUCUAGAAUUACUAGCCGCCGUACUAUUGGCACGUUUAGCGUCCAAGUAUGCGCCAAAUUUACACCUGCCAAUAAAAAGGAGAUUUUUCUGGUCCGAUUCAAUGGUGGUCUUAGCGUGGAUAUCAUCUCAAUCGUCUAAAUGGAAAACAUUCGUGGCUAAUAGGGUUGGAGAGAUACACGAGCGCACGUUAAUACAUGAGUGGUCCCACGUAGGUACUCAUGACAACCCAGCGGACAUAGUGUCGCGUGGAUGCUGCCCAUCGCAGAUCAAAAAUCUCGAGUUGUGGUGGAGCGGACCGAAAUGGCUAUCAGAUAGCUCGUCCAAGUGGCCGAUGAAAGGGACAGAAACUAUUUCCAGUAUUGAUGUGAUUACGGAAGCGAAAACCGCGUCGUGUGUAACGACGACUAAUGAUCACGAUAAGACAUUUUACGAUCGAUUUUCGUCGUUAACAAAAUUAAUACGUGUUGUGGCAUAUUGUAAACGUUUUAUUCGAAACACACUAUCAAAAUACGUUGAUAAAUAUUACGGACCAAUACAAGCCAACGAAUACGAUGUAGCUACAAUUUUUAUAAUAAAACAAAUUCAGUCAAUAUAUUUUGACCGUGAACUAUCUGACUUAAAAAAUUCACGUUUAAUACAUUGUAAAAGUUCAUUACGUCAUCUCAAGCCUUUUAUAGACGAAAAUGACAUAAUCCGAGUGGGUGGCCGGCUGACGCAUGCGUCAACGCUAGACGUAUUCCAACGACACCCAAUUGUGCUGCCGUCAAAAUGCAACUUUACUAAGUUAAUAUUUUUACACGAACACGAAAUACUGUUACACGGCGGUCCACAGGCUAUGUUGGCGUCGGUUCGUUUAAAAUACUGGCCUUUAAACGGACGAAAUAUCGCGCGCAUGAUCGCUCAUCAUUGCGUAAAAUGCUUUAAAUAUCGGCCUAUAGUCGUGCAACCUAUUAUGGGUGAUUUACCAAAGGAGCGAGUCGAACCAUCCAGAGCCUUUUCAAGGGUCGGCGUAGAUUUUGCGGGACCGUUUCACGUAAAGGUAAGUCUACGUCGGAAUGCACCUAAGAACAAGGCAUAUGCUUGCAUUUGGGUAUGUUUAGCUACUAAGGCGGUGCACGUAGAAUUAGUUGGCGAUCUAACUACACAAUCAUUUUUAAACGCAUUACAAAGAUUCUGCGAUCGUCGUGGAUUGUGUACCGACAUUUAUUCGGAUAAUGCAACCAAUUUCGUGGGCGCUAAUAACCGAUUACAGGAAGUUAAGAAAUUAUUUUUAUCCAAGGAGCAUCAAAAUAAGGUCAACAACGAAAUAGCAAAGCAUGGCAUACAAUGGCAUUUUAUCCCACCCCGUUCCCCACAUUUUGGUGGUUUGUGGGAGGCGGCAGUAAAAUCAUUGAAGACACAUUUAUAUAAAACGCUGGGUAACGCAUCACUCACCUUUGAGGAACUAAAUACGGUUUUAGUACGAAUUGAGGCGAUAUUAAAUUCCCGUCCUUUAACACCCCUUUCCACCGAUCCAUCCGACAUGUCUGCUUUAACACCCGGGCAUUUCCUCAUUGGCGAUUCUCUUCGUGCGCUGCCUGACAAGUAUGAAACAACCACAGCUCUAAGUAAUUUGUCGAGAUGGAGAAGAGUCGCCCAACUUUCCCAGCAUCUUUGGUCCCGAUGGAGCCGAGAUUAUCUUGGUCAGUUACAACGACUCAAUAAAUGGUCCAAGUCGCAGGGUCCUGGUAUUCAGUUAGGAACAGUGGUCCUCAUCCGAGAUGACAACCUCCCACCGCUUCAAUGGUCAAUAGGUCGAGUCAUUGCAAUCCAUGUGGGCACAGAUGAUCACGUGCGUGUAGCGACUGUUAAAACAAAUCGCGGGGACUUCAAACGCGCUGUGCGUAAUUUAUGUCCAUUACCUUUCGAUGGCAAUAUAUUGUAA